AUGCGCCGCUACCUUGAAUCAGAAAUUUCUAAAGCACUUAAUCCUAAUGCCGCACCGAAAACUGUGACCUCCGAAAGCCAUCCCCUAAACGUAUCGUGGAUUGAGCCAUGCCAGAUUGCUGCAGGUGGCCGACUGGGUCUCACCUCCUGUCCUGGGAAGCACAUCUCCGCUCGUGAUGGAACCCUAUAUCGUCGGGACCUGCACGCCGAUCUUGCGAGGCUACGGCAAGUGCAUGGCGUGCACGCGGUGGUGUGUCUGCUACCAGAGGCCGAGCUUAGGUAUCUCAAAGUCCGGAACUAUGCCGCGGCUGUGGAGAAACACGACAUGGAGUACCUGCAGCUACCAAUAAUAGAGAUGACCGCACCUAGUGACCUGCUCCUGGCGAUCUCCCUCGUGGAAGCUGUGGCGGCACACCUGCAAGCUGGCCGUACAGUUAUCAUGCACUGCAAGUGCGGCGUCGGUCGCGCGGGUCUGAUGGCCGCAUGUGUGCUGCUGCGGCUGGGGGUGUGCAGCAGCGCAGCUGAGGCCAUUGCAACGGUUCGUCGUCACCGGCGGGGUGCAGUGGAGAGCCGGCGGCAGGAGGCAUUUGUCGCGACGUACUGUGGGGCCCUGGGCGGAAGUGGCUUGGACGGUGGCGGUGGCGGUGAUCUUGAUGCCAAGGGGGGUCUCGGCGCGGACGUGGCCCCGCCGCCGGUUUCGAUUUCGGAGGGUUUCGUAAGGCAGCGGUCGCUCCCCGGGGUAGUCGCUUCCUCGGGGGUCGCUACCUCGGUGGAGCCGACUGAGGCGCUGGCUACGGCAACAGAGGGGAUGCACGGUGGUGACGGGUGAAUGGGACGGUGUGCAACGCUGCAAAAGAGUCCACGAUCUUAGCGCUCUUUGCCCUGUACAAUGGUAACUGUAAUUACGGAUCUGGGUAGCGUGUGUGGGUGCUUUCUUGAGGGG